UUUGUGCUUUGUGGAUUAAGGCCAACUAUUAGAGCUCAAAAGUUCCUGUGGAUUCAGGGCGUCAGAAUUUGGAUUGCAACUUGAAACGCUAAUCUCUCUCUAUUUCUCUGCUGCGAAAGAACCAGAGGAAGUGAGAGAGUCGGCUGCAACCGCCAUGGGAGAUCCAGAGAAGAACAUGGAGCAGAGUCUGUUACCGAAACAGAGUGAAGGUUAUUCGUCGUCAGUAAGAAGCGUGUUCAUUCAAGAAGUGAAGAGGCUGGGUUACCUCGCCGGACCCAUGGUGGCCGUGACCCUGUCGCAGUACAUGCUGCAAAUGAUAGCCACCAUGAUGGUGGGUCACCUUGGCGAGCUUGCCCUUUCUAGCACCGCCAUCGCCAUCUCCUUGGGGGGCGUCACCGGGUUCAGUUUUCUCCUAGGACUGUCUUCUGCACUGGAAACCCUAUGUGGACAAGCUUAUGGAGCUCAGCAGUACCAGAAACUAGGGACUCAUACAUUUACUUCCAUAUUCUGUCUAAUAUUAGUUUGUAUCCCUCUAUCCUUCCUCUGGAUCUACAUGGGAAAGCUACUUGAGUUCGUUGGUCAAGAUCCCUUAAUUUCAUUUGAAGCUGGAAAAUUCAUGAGAUGGCUUAUUCCGGCACUAUUUGCUUAUGCAACUAUUCAGCCACUGAUUCGAUAUUUUCAGACACAAAGUUUAGUCACUCCCAUGAUCAUAAGCUCUUUUGCCUGUCUUUUAGUCUAUAUACCCCUCUGUUGGGUUUUGGUAUUCAAAUCUGGACUAGGUAACAUUGGAGCAGCAGUAUCAAUAGGCAUUGCAUAUUGGUUAAAUGUCCUCUUCCUUGGACUAUACAUGGCAUACUCUCCCUCCUGUGCAAAAACUCGUGUCCCAAUCACUAUGAAAUCAAUCCAAGGAGUUCGAGAGUUCUUCCACUUUGCCAUCCCUUCUGCACUGAUGACUUGCCUUGAAUGGUGGUCCUUUGAGCUGCUUGUUUUGUUCUCUGGGCUUUUACCUAAUCCAGAGCUUGAAACAUCUGUCCUAUCUGUAUGUCUCACCACUAUUUCAACACUUUAUGCGAUACCAUAUGGACUUGGUGCCGCGGCAAGCACUAGAGUUUCAAAUGAACUAGGAGCUGGGAAUCCACGAGCAGCACGCAUGGCUGUCUACACUGCAAUGUUUCUUGCAGUUUCAGAGACCAUUAUAGUUAGUGGAACCCUUUUUGCUAGCCGACGUGUAUUUGGUUACAUUUACAGCAAUGAGAAGGAAGUUGUUGAUUAUGUCACAGCCAUGGCCCCUCUGGUUUGUAUCUCAGUUAUUCUGGACAGCCUUCAGGGAGUCCUUUCAGGUGUUGCAAGGGGAUGUGGAUGGCAGCAUAUUGGAGCUUAUAUCAAUCUGGGAGCAUUUUAUCUUUGUGGAAUUCCGGUUGCUGCGUUACUUGGUUUCUGGGUGAAGUUAAGAGGAAUGGGCCUUUGGAUUGGGAUACAAUCUGGUGCUUUUACACAAACUGUCUUGCUCUCCAUUGUUACUGGUUGUAUAAACUGGGAAAAGCAGGCAAGUAAAGCCCGGGAAAGACUCUUUGAAGGAAGCACUUCAGUGGAAAAUAGAGUAUUGAGUUAAAAGCCUAAAGGGGAUGCUGCUGCCAAAACCAAACAGUGAAUCCAAGUCAUUACUGUUGUCGUAAUAGAAAAAAAAUAAAUAUAUGUUUCUGUUUUGCUGUUGUAAUGAAGAAGCACUGAUUGAGAAAAAAAUAAGAGCAUUUUUGGCUAAUGACAGAGGCAGCCGACCAUGCAAAAAUUUGCUUCGGGUUGGCUGGAGCUGGAUAGCCAUUGUCCACAUCCAUUGGUGAACUAAGUUUGAGGAUCAAAUGUAGGAAAUGAACUAAAUUCAGGGAU